GUCACGGUAGCCCCGCCUCCUCGGUUUGUUUGGAAGGGUUGCUGGUUUUUUCGUUCUCUUGUCGCGGCGGUGGGUUGGAGCCGCUGUGCCCGGGCUGGUGCGUUCCUGCUUAUUUAUUUUUCAUCCUUUGAUUCGAUCCCCCCCACUAAAUUCUGCAACCGUGCCUCCCGAGCGACACACGGCCGCCCGCUCCUUCCAUCUACAGUGCCCAGUCCCGGUCCAGAGAGCGAGUAAAGAUGGCGGGCUCGGUUGUCGCCCGGCUCGAGGGCCGAGAGUUUGAGUAUCUGAUGAAGAAGCGCUCGGUCACCGUGGGCCGGAACUCCUCCCAGGGCUCCGUGGACGUCAGCAUGGGCCACUCGAGCUUCAUCUCCCGCAGGCACCUGGAAGUGUUCUCCGCCGGGGAGGACGGCUCGGGGAACGGGGACUUCUACCUGCGGUGUCUCGGCAAGAACGGCGUGUUCGUGGACGGCGUGUUCCAGAGGCGAGGCGCGCCCCCGCUGCAGCUGCCCCGCAUGUGCACUUUCCGCUUUCCCAGCACAAAUAUCAAAAUUACGUUCACGGCCCUGUCCAGCGACAGGAGGGAGCGCAGGAACGCCCCAGAGUCUCCAGUCAAAGCGGUCCAGCCCCAGAUCUCCCCGCUGACCAUCAACAUUCCCGACAACAUCGCACACCUGAUGAGUCCACUCCCGUCUCCUACCGGAACCCUCAGCGCUGCUAACUCGUGUCCAUCGAGUCCGCGAGGAGCGGGACUCUCCAGCUAUAAGAUUAGCCGCAGCCUCACAGCGGAGCUCAUCAAUGAAAACUCCCAGUCCGAGAACGACAAGGAAGCUUCCGGAGGAGACAGUCCGAAAGACGACUCUAAGCCGCCGUACUCGUACGCCCAGCUCAUCGUUCAGGCCAUCACGAUGGCAGCAGACAAGCAGCUCACACUGAACGGGAUAUAUACACACAUCACGAAGAACUAUCCGUAUUACAGGACAGCAGACAAGGGCUGGCAGAACUCGAUUCGUCACAAUCUGUCCUUAAACCGCUAUUUCAUCAAAGUGCCCCGAUCCCAGGAGGAGCCGGGUAAAGGCUCUUUCUGGAGGAUAGAUCCCUCAUCCGAGGGGAAGCUCGUUGAACAGGCGUUUCGCAAGCGCCGGCCUCGUGGCGUUCCCUGCUUCCGGACUCCCCUCGGCCCGCUGUCAUCCAGGAGCGCUCCUGCAUCUCCGAACCACACUGGGGCGUUGUCGGCCCAUUCCAGCGGCGUUCAGACUCCCGACAGCUUAUCCAGGGAAGGCUCGCCUGUUCCCAUGGACCCCGAUCCCGCUCCGGCCAUCCAGCCCAAACUAGCGGUCAUUAAAGAGGCCUGUUUCACACAGAAUACUGCAGGUUCCCCUCUGAACACGCAGCCGGUCCUCAUCACAGUGCAGCGGCAGCUCCCUCAGACCCUGAAGCCCCUGACCUAUACCGUAGCUACUCCGGUGUCCUCCGCGUCCCAGCAGCCCCUGCAGACGGUGCAUGUGGUGCACCAGAUCCCGGCGGUGUCCAUGGCGACCGUCACCGGCCUGUCUGUGGCCGAGCCGGUGUUCAGCCAGACCAGCGGUGUGUCCGCGCGUGAGAACGGAGAGCACCAAGAGGUCAAAGUGAAAGUGGAGCCAGUUCCCUCCAUCACGACAUCUCUGGGCGGGACGGCCCGUGUUCUGCAAACGGUCACUAUCGUGGGUCAGCACCAGCUGCCGGUCAAGGCCAUCACUCAGAACGGGACGCAUGUGGUCUCAGCCGUCCAGGGCUCCGGCAGUACCGCGAGUCCGCUGCACAUGCUAGCGACGCACGCCUCGGCCUCCGCGUCCCUCCCCACCAAACGCCAGAACGGAGAGCCGGACCAGCAGCCCGAACCCAAACGGGUCAAGACCGACUCCAUCCCAGCGGAGAGAGACCAGCAGACCCACGCCGACUAGACCAUCGUCUCCUGACCUCUGACCUCGACUCGUUCGCCCCGCCGGCACCUCGUCCCCCGUUCCUGAACCCCAGGUGCCAAUACUGAGGUGAGAUGAAGAGAGAAGCUGUUCUGGUCCACACUCACAGAUAUAUGCACACUCAUAUACUCAUAUAGCCUACUUGAAGUCACAGAAUGAAGCGUGUUGUUGUUCCUGUGUGGCGUGACCCCGCGGAGAAGCCCGGACGAGCCCUGGACAAGCAUCCGACGACCGACGACGACCUAGAUGUUUAUGUAAUUGUCACGCAUGUGUAUCAGACGUGUGUUCUCCGUUCCCAGAGAUCCUGAACAUUCACAUUCAGCUGACCGCCAGAAGCGGACUCGCCAAACCUCGCUAGGCCCGAUUAGCUCUUAAAGGGUCCGCCUCACACUCCCACGUGGGACAGUCGAGCGCUCGUCCCUUGGGACAGGGAGCGUGUGCCGGCUCCUCCGAUCAUGGCAGCUAGCCUCCACGUCCAGCCAAUGCAGUCUUGAGUAGAUAUGCAGUAUUUUGUCGUACGUGUACUUUAGGGUCUUAUUUGUGUGUUUCCCGAGGCACAAAUACUCAACAAAAACUGGCUUUUCCCCACUCUGUUUUCUUUUAAAGACGUGGACUUGUGGUCAUGGAAAUGAAUGUAUUCACUUCAUUCUUUUUAAUUUUUUUCAGAAAAAAGAAACACUAUUGAGAGUUUGAGUUACUCUCGAUUACAUCAGAUCAAAAUGAUGUUUACUCGCAUCCUCUUUAUAUUUUAACCAAUAACCUAUGAGAUAGAUAUAUUUCCAUUUGUACUUUGUUAAAAUAUAUCAUCUUGCAUGAACGUGUUGAGAAAAUGUGCUGUGCCCGAUUCGAUUCCUGACGAAAGAUGGAAGGGAAAAAAUGCAAAAUAAUAUUUUAUACAAUUGGGAUCAUUACUGCACUUACCUUUCGUUUCUAAUAUUUCCUUUCCUCCCCGUUGUUUUCCUUUUAUAUUGGAGAUGUCGUUGGCUGUGUGUUAUCUUUGUGUUGAAGUUGUCUCUUUGCCUGUUAAUAAUAUUAUUUUAUUCUGUUCCAACAACUGAAAGAGUCUACACGGAUAGAACGUGUUCCACAAGGAAAAAUAAGUGGUAGAUGUUGUUUAGCUUCAGUGGGUAUAUGCAUUUUUUUAUAAAUUAAAUUAAAGCUCCAUAACUUCA